GUCAAUAUGACGAACUCCAAGGGUUAUCGCCGUGGUACUCGGGACAUGUUCUCCCGAGGCUUCCGUAAGCAUGGUACCAUCCCGCUGUCUACCUACAUGAAGGUCUACAAAUCUGGGGACUAUGUCGACAUUAAGGGACAUGGUGCCGUGCACAAGGGCAUGCCCUACAAGGCGUACCACGGAAAGACGGGACGUGUCUACAAUGUCUCGAAGCACGCACUUGGCGUGAUUGUAAACAAGCGCGUACGUGGAAAGAUUCUACCCAAGCGUAUCAACGUACGCGUUGAGCAUGUGCAACCGUCCCGUUGCCGAGAGGAUUUCCUGCGACGCGUCAAGGAGAACGAGCAGAAGCGUCGGGCCGCCAAGGAGAACAAGCUGCCCCAGUUCAAGGUGUCGCUAAAGCGCAAGCCGAAACAGCCACGCCAGGCUCAGGUCAUCAAGAACCCGCCUACGCCCAUCUUCCUGGCACCGAUUCCCUACGAAUUCGUGGCCUAA